GUAGAGAAGGUGCUUUCUGUGACUUUGUCUCUGCAAACUUUUUAAACAUGGUGCAGCAACUGUCCAAACCAGGAGCGAUGGAGACUCCUCUACUGAAAGCUGGUCACCGUCCUGCAGUGAAGGCUGGAGGUAAACGGGUGGCCAAAAAAAGCUUGGAAGAGACUGGCACCCAUGGGACUACAGAGAAGGAGACAAAGAGGUCUGAUAAACUGAGCAGCAGGUCCCUUGCCACCUCCAACAGGAUGCAACAAGUUGGUGUACUUCUGGCAGGAACUCUCGACAAGCUGAGCCAUGACUUUCCAGAGACCCCAGCAAGUGUGAGGCACAGCAAGGUGCUCCCCGCGGUGGAGAAACACCACUCGCCCCGUACUUUCUUCAUCCAGCAGCCGAGGAAGUGUUGAACGACAUGUUGAAGAAACGCCCUGAAGGGAUCCUCGUUAAGUCAACUGUGAAAGACAAACAUGAAGCGUUAGACACGUGAGGGGGGCUGACAGGUUGUCUGUGAAGUGUCAGUGAUGUCAGACAUUUUAAAGAGAAACAUUAGCUUAUUUUUCUGCCUGUGCUUGUUUGUGAGGAUGCUAUAAACCAGCAUUUCUGUGUCUU